AUGUCGUCGAUUGGUAAACGCUCGCUGCGUCUGCCUACUUCGCCGGCAGAAGGGCAGGCUAAACGACGUCGAACGGCCGCUUCUGGUGGCUCCAACACUGCCGAUUUGACUUCUGCUAACGUUGAGACUCCUUCUCCCUUUUCUCAGGCAGGACCAUCUGUGCCGACAUCAACCGGGUUUGCCCCCAAGAUGCCAUAUCCCCAUCUGCCGCAAAUGCCUGCUCAGCAGCCGGUGGCCGUAUCGCAGCAUUCUCAGGGAUUGGGUCGACCACAUCCAAGCCGAUCUCGGACAUCCAGCCCGGCACUCCGCAUGGGAAGCUGCUCUCUUGACGAGAUGUUGCUGACACUCCCUCACGGCCUUGCCUCUGGCGAGCACAUCCGCCGCAAAGACGGGCUACGAUACGAAAUAGACUUCCAAGAGCGCAAUCCGCCGGUCUUGCCGCCGUCUAAAGUCAAGGAUCUGCCUCCGAAACCGUUUAUCCCGGACUUUCUCAAGUUCCCCGAAGGAAUCAGCGACCAUGAGCGUCUUGAAAUCGAGUCACGCAACAACAAGAUUGCGGCAGAGCAUCAGAAGGUCGACCGCCAGCGGAACAACCAGGCAGCCAAGAAAUCGCGCCAGGCACGCCUCGAAGCGCUGAAUAACACGCGGAUACUGCUCAAUGAGAAGACGGCCGAAUGUGCCUGGUUUAGGAUGAAGGUGCUUGCGCUGGGCGGGAACACGGCAGACUGGAACAACGUGCCGGCAGGAGUAAAAACACGGCUCGUCAAGGAGAUUGAUGGCCGGGUCAAGACCAUCGAGGUGGAGGUUGCGGAUGCGAAGAAGAGAGAGGAGGCGAAGAAGAGGGCCGAUCGAAACAAGAGGCGGGCUGAAGUGAAGAAUGAUGAGGAAUCUCAA